AUGUCCUCAAAGAACGAACCGCGUUUUUUUAGGAACACACUUAAAAUAUACAUGCAUUAUUUUAAAAGUUCAGUUUUCAAGCCGCUUACUCAGAUUAUUGUUUUUGUCCCAGGAGCGCAACGCCUUGGAGGUGUGAAACGCUACGACACUUUUAUGGACAAAGUUGUAACAAUGGUUCAGCAGGAACUACAUGAACGAUUAAAUGGAAGCAUGUACCGUGUCCUACUGCCUGACCACCUUGUGUCCGUGAGUGGCCGCAGCAUAAACCUUGGCAAGGAUCGCUGGUCGCGCAUUUUCGGUCUAACUUUUCUGUUUUGGCGCAACGGAAGUUGCAAAAAGUGGAUUUACAAAGGGAAGAAGGGCAGUUUAACUACCCUACGUUGUCCUGUUAAGUUUAAUGACCUCAAAUUGCAGCUGCCACAGUUGGACAAUGAAGGAACUGUCUAUGUGGUGCACGCCACAAUCACGGGAACGCUAGUUUUUCAAGAAGGUAACAAUUAUAUGUUCUUUCAGCGGUUAAUCUGGAAUAAAAACCAUUACGAAAUGAGGAAUUCCGACGGGAAGCCGGUAAAUCCGCCUCCAGCUGCGUAUUGUCUGAAGGCAAAGUCACCCUCUAGUUUAAAAGGCAUUCUACAGACAACGCUUGAGAAUCUGAUUGAGCACGGAUUAUUCAAAGACGCUGUGGUAUUCGCACUCAAAAAAAUCCGGAAGCCCAUGCCAAAGGCUAAAACAAUUAUAAAAUACAGUUAA